ACAGAGAACGGCUACAGAUUGGUAGUAUUUUAGUGAACGCAACAGAAGGAAGAGAGUUCGAUUUGGGAUUUGCUGGGAAAAGUGCAAAUUUUGAGCAGUUUUGCAACGUUUUUCGCGUCCCAUUCCGCCAUGGAAGUGGAAAGCAACGUCAUCAAGGACGCUUCCGCUCGUAGCAGAGGCAGAAGUGCUGCUGGUCAGCACCACAGCCGUAGGAGCAGCGCCAGCAAUAAGAGCGGUGGUGCCACCUCCAGCAGCAAUGCCAACACAGUUACGAUAAAAGUUGGCCUCAAUAUGAAUAUGUGCAGACUGUGCCUGGCGGAGGGCAGCACCAGCUCCCGUCUCCAACCGGUGUACUACUCCAAGGAUGCUCCCGACGAACCACUGCUACAGCAGAUACUGGAACUCACCACUAUACAGGUAACAUAUGCGACAGACUUUCCUUCGUCGAUAUGCACUGGAUGCAAAAGCAAACUAGAAGAGUAUCAUAUGUUUCGGAGGCGCUGCAUCGAAAAUGACGAGCUACUUAAACUGAAGUACUAUGAAAUCAAGGCGGCAGAAAACUACCGUCAUGCGCAGCACGCUCAACCGGCGGAGGAAAUCAAGGGGGAAGAAUACGUUGACGAUACGGACGACAUCACGUUAGCGAUUGAUGAAUCCGCUGAUGUGGAUGAGUAUCAGGACGACACAGAGGAAGAACAGCAGCCUGUUAUGCAGCAUGAUCAGGUUGUGGAACAGCAAACUAUACAGUAUGUUGCUGCAGAUGGAACCAUGACAGAGUAUAUCGAAUCGGGAGAUGUAAGAGUAGUGUCGAACUCUUCCCAACAGCAGCAGAUCCACAUUAGUGGCUACAGUGCUGCGGAAGGAAUUCAAAAUUCCGAAGGACAUGAGAUUUAUUACACAGAUGGGACUGAUACAUAUGCUAUUCGCACGACCGCAGAAGGGUACGUGAACGCAGCAAACUAUGUGCCACAGGGAUACGAUAACCAGACGGAGAUCGAAUGUACCACUAUUGACCAUUUACCGGAAGAGGAGGUUUAUAUGGACGAAGGAGGAUCUGGAGUUGGUAGCGCCAUUACCCCACGGGGAGUACACGAUCGACCGUUCGUUUGCAAACAUUGCAAAACUAGUUUUAAGUAUGAGUACAACUACGAAAGGCACAUGAAAAAUCAUGCAAAAGUAUUGUAUAGAUGCGGUAAGUGUUCAAAAACCUUUACCAAGCAACGAAAAUGCCAACAGCACUUCUUGAAAGCACACUCAUCCCAGAGGUAUGAGUGUGACAUUUGCUUCAGAACGUAUAGUUUACCCACUCGAUUGGAGAAUCAUGUCAUCGAAAUGCAUUCCGAGAACGGGGUGUACAAAUGUGACCGAUGCAGUGAAACUUACACUUCCUACCUAGAUUUCAAAUCUCAUCGCAAUAGCCAUCACAGUACCAACGGAUCCAAUACAACCGUCAUCACCCAGGCGGUGGAACAACGGUCCCAACCAGCGCCCCAUGAUCAAUCUCCUCAACCACCGACAUUGUCGCACACGGCCACAUCAAUCAGUACUCGCUCGUCCAUCUCCGAUAGCUGCGAUUUUGAAGUAAUGAUCGAUGAAACUAAAAUUCAAAAACCCGAAAGCACCCCCGAAAAGCGACCUGCUGUGCUCGCUGGAGCUACUUCCACUCCCGAACAAGAUGUAAUCCUAAUAGACGAUGACACGUCCCAUAGUGCUGCAACAACCGCAAUGGCGAAUCACAUCAAACCCACUGGCGUCACGAUCAUCCCGACUACUCACAGUAGCAGUAUCAUCAGCAGUGGUUCAACGGUGGUAACGACAAGCCCAAGUGUCGCUCCAACGACAAUCAACCACACAGCAACGGUAAUUACCAACGGUAUCGACAAGAACUCGCUGCACAGGCAGCUCUUGCAGCAAAUCGAGGAGAGCGAAGCCAACUCGCUUGGGCCGAAGAUUUACAAAUGCGACAGCUGCACCAAGACGUUUGUCCAUUUGAACAAUCUGAAGGCACAUAUCUAUGCGGAGCAUGACAACGACAAGCCUUUCAAGUGCAAACUCUGUCCGAUUUCGUUCAAGACGAAAGAAAUUCUGGUGAUGCAUAUGGUAUUACAUUCUCAGCAUAGUACAUCAACUUAGGAACGCGAUAAGACCACAUUCAUCAGACAGACUCCACGAGGGCAGAGAGAUAACAGGCACGACUUGCCACUAAAGGUUGCCUCAAUCCGGGAACUAGUGUAAUGCGAGGGAAAAGUUAGGUAUAAUAUGUGCAAAUCGUGACAAAAUUAUUAUCUUAUUCAGAUUGAGCUGUUUUCCCCAUACACCUAAAAAUACUAGCAUACACAAAACAGAAAGCUAAUCGGUUACUGCAAAUUAGCAGUAUCCAUAGACAUGUGGAUCGGAAGCAUUCAACAACAAGCAAGGAUAGCAAAACGUAAACUCAAAAGAUACCAACUAGCUAAUAUAUGAAGACUAGAGACAUGACGAUUUCCUUAUGUUUUUUUUUGUGUUUUAUACAAUAUAUAGAUAUUUCUAUUAAUAUA